AUGUCGCCAGGGUGGUACUGUGGCAAGUGCGGGUUCUACAACUACGGGCACCGCCGUGCCUGCCGCCAGAGCGGAUGCGACGGGUGCAAUCCAGUUCAAGCAGCCCGGCCUGAUCAGAGCUACUGGGCACAGUACUCGGUGCCAGGCGGGGUUUGGUAUCAAGGGCCUCCCGUGCUGCGGCAGGGAGAUGGAGGCAAAGGAGGCGGCAAGCAUGACAAGGGCGGCAAAAAGGGCCUUGGGGGGGGCAAGCCCCCUCAGGGUGGCAAAGGGCCAGGUGGUGGGCAACCGCCACGGGCCCUCGCGCAGGAGGAGCGUGAGAUGUGGAUGGCCAUGUCGGAAGAACAGUUCGCUGUUCUGGGUCAAAGCUUGUCGCAGUCGCACAGAGACCAGCUCGCCCACGCGCGUGCCAUGGCCAACUUCGGGCUGCAGGGCGCGCAGGCGGAGGCGCAGCAGGCCAAUCUGCAGAUCGGCAAGUUCUCGCAGCAGGUGUUGCAUCAAAAGCAGAGGCUCGCGAAGCUGGAGGAGCAGGCGCAGCAGGCGAUCAUGGCGGCGGUCGUGGCCAAGCAACAGCUGGAGGAGACGGAGAAGCAGCUGGGCGAGGCCAAGCGGCGCGCGGCCGAGCACCUGGGGGCCCAGGGGCUGGCGCAGCAGAUCGCGACCGACGCGUUCGAGGUGCCGAUCAAGGAGGCGCUGGGGAAGUUCGAGCAGGCGGUGCCGUCGGAGCUGGCCCCGCAGCUGCAGGGCGCGGUCGACGCGCUCAGGGCGGCCAUGGCGGUGGUGGCGCAGCAGGCCGCGGCGGCGAUGCAGGGGAGACAGCCUGGUGGCGCCGCGGCGUCAGGCGGCACCGUCGGCGCCGCCGCCGCGGGCGCGGGCGCGGGCGCCGCCCGCGCAGGAGGCGCAGGCGCUGGCGCCCAGACGCCAGGCGCCCAGGGCGCCGCAGGCGGCGGCGCCGACACGGAGCGUGACGUCAAGAUGGUCGAAGUUGAUGGUGGUGUUCUUAUUGACCUUCGCUCUCAGCUCGAGUCGGAUGGCAAGCUCACAGAUCCCGAAGUGCAGGCCACCAUCCAGAGCCUGUUCAGCAAGGCGAAGGAUACGUAUGCGGAUUUCUGUGCAUUGGUUGAGCAGGAGCUGGUGAACACUUACCAGAUCGAUCCAGCGCAGGCCGAUGGGUACAAAGGCCAGGAUAAGCAGGUGCAGGGCUUGCUGAGAAAUGCAAGGGAGCCGCCCACGACCCUGUGGGAGUGCGAGCGCUGGGCCAACUGGAGGCAUACGCAUUUUUCUCUGGAAGGAUACCACGCCGAGGCGCUGCACGAAGCGAUCCAGGACCAUGUAAAGUGCAUCCAGGGUGAGGAGCAGGUUUGGAGAAGGUCUCGGCAACAAGAGUGGAGACAAUGGGCCCGCUCGGCCCUGGAAAACGGCGGAGGGAGAGUUCACAGGUGGGCGAAGCAGCCCAACGACUGGAUCCCCGCGGACCCUGGCCCCGAUGGGGCCCCUGGUUGUUUUCAGGAUCAGGUGGAGGCCCUGGAGGAGGAGUGGAAGCACAUAUGGAGGUUCGGGGAGGUGCCCAAGGUCGCCCCCAGGAUGCUCAGUGAGAUGCCCCUCGAGGGCCCGAAGCCGCCUGUUGCGCCAGAUAAAAUCAGGUCCGUCCUGGGGAAGUUCAAGAAGCAUGCCGCCGUGGGAGUCUGGAAUUGGGCCCCGCGCGCGCUGAAGCAGCUCUGUACCUCUGGCCUGCUUGCUCUAAGUGUCCCGAUGUAUUUCUGGGGCACGUGCCCCCAGCUGCCCGAGCAGAUUGCGCUGCUCAUUUUCCCCGCGCGCGCGUACAUGUGCGGAGGAAAGGGAAAUAGUUGCGAGAUGGCUAUCUGGAAGCAGGCGCUGUUGAACGAGGCCGCUCGAGCCAGCAAAUUUUUCAGUGGAUGCACGCUGAUUGAUCUGGAGAAGGCGCACGAACGAAUCACGCACGAGCAAUUGAUAAGAGCAUGCAACAAGCACGGGUUCAGUUUGAGGAGGUUAAGGUUUCUCCUGUUGGUUUACUCGGGCAAGCGGGUCAUUAAAGUAGGAGAGGCGGUGUCUUUGUCCUUUGAGCUGAACGCCACCAUUGUGGCAGGCUGCUCGUAUGCGACGACGCUGCUGAAAGUAGUGUUGUUAGAUGUUUUCGACGAUGCGGCCAAGAAGUGGCCGAGGAUCGGCAUUUCUUUGAUGGUGGACGACGCUGGUCUCCAGGCAGUGGGUGAUCAAAAGCAUGUUCGGACUCAGUUAGUUAGGUGCACUCUGUUUGUCUGCAGGUCCCUGGAGAAGCUCGAGAUGAAGGUUUCGAGACGUAAAUCGAUCCUGGUGGCCUCGGACCCGAAACUUGGAAAGCAGCUGGCAUGGGCGCUUCGGGAAUUUGGGUUCAAGCAUGUUCAGGCGACCAAAAACCUCGGGGUCGAUUUCAAGCUGAGGACUGGAAAGGGUAGAAACGUCACAAACAAGAGACUGAAGACGACCAGGGGCAGGGUGCGAAGGUUCAGGGCCUUCAGAUUCUCUCGGAAGCCGCUUCAGAAUGUGCAUCGAGGAGGCCCCACGCUGGCGGCAAUGUAUGGCGUCUCGGCCAUCGGUCUCGGCGACACGCAGUUGGAGCAGCAGCGCGCCUCGACAGGGGCGGCUAUUUUCGGGCCUGUCAAGGGCCGCAGCCGCAGCUUGCAGUUCUUUUUGGCUGAGGUCGAGAAGCUCGACCCGAUGUUCGCAGCAAAUUCUCUCCCUCUGCAGCUGUGGGUCAGAGCAGUAUUUGAUUCGUGGGCCACGGAUGCCCAGAUGAAGCACGCCUUCGACUACGCGGCCAAGGCUAG